UUGCACCGUGCGCGGCGACUGUGGCAAUUUUAAGAGGUAAGAUAUUAAUUGCUUCUUAUGUUCUUGAUGUCGUGAUAGGCUCUAUACAAUUUCUGUGUGCAUGUUUGGUGAACUUUGUCAUGGAUCAAUUUUCGAUCUGUUGCGGCGUCUUUCUGUGCUCUAAAAUGUAACAUGAACAAUAACAACAGAUUUCAUGACCUUAUUUGGGUUCAAAUAAUAAAUAACGCGAUUGAGUGCUUACCAUUAAGUCAAAAGGAAGGAGUAACACCUAAGUCGUCCGAUGUUAUGACUAAGCUGAGAUGGUGAAAAGUUAGUCCCUGGAAAUUUGUCAUUCCGAGUGAGUUGCGCUAAUGCUACCUUUUUUCAUAUUAUAGAGUUUUUUAUUCGUUAUUAAUGUUUCUAUUAACAUAAUUAUUUGAUUUGAAGAAUAGUUUGGUUUAGAUGCCACGUGCCUGUUAACGGCUAUCAGUUUGAGAACCAUAGUAACAAAAAAUAAUAAAGAUGUAUAUUUUGCUUGUCGUGUGACUGCUUCCAUUUUUGAAUUGCACGCAAAAAAUAAUUUCUAUUACUGAUUACCCUAAAGAUUAUUUAAAAAAAAAAAAAAUUGCAAAUACACUUUGUGCGUAAUAUCUUCUUUUCUUUUCCGAAAAUGAACUCGUCUCAAUUUAAUCAUGGUGCAAUAAAUUUUCAGUUUAAAUGUGGUAGUGAUAUCAGAUUAUUAAUAUAGUUCAUUGGCGUAUAAUAAAAUGUGUGCCUUGGAAGGGGGGGGAGGGGGUUGGGUUAGCAAUAUUUGGGAUUCCUAAAUGUGCGGUACUGGAGUUCAUAUUUUUUCAAGUAACUUUAGUAGAUGGGAAGUUCACGCAUUGCUGUCGCCAAUGUUUUGCGGGCUACAACUAGUAUUAAAUAUUAAUUAUAUGUUUUUUUUAAUGAACUUCAUUUAGUAAAAUGGUAAAUAAUUUUUUUUAAAGAUAAUAACCAGCACAACAAUUGCGGAGGCAAUGAGUGAACUCCCUGUCUACUGAAGUUAUUUGAAAAAAACAUGAAUUCUUAAAAAUUAAAUUCAUUCUCUUUUUGUGGUCAAUGUAACGUUCUUGUAUGACACCGGGGGAGUCCUGUGUAGGCGUGCCGCCUCUGCAGGGCAUCGGCCGUAGAUCAGGCUUUCUGUGUAGAUGUCUGGGGUGUUUUCAAAACUUCAUAUCAUUAUUAUCCGGCACAGGGUUAGAAAGUGCUCUACCAUCCCCGGUCCCUAUCCGCAAUGACUGCAGCUGGGGUCCCGAAGAGUAUGCAACCUGUUGAAUAGAUUCAUUUAGUAAAGCACUUCCCCUGUCUGCAAAGGCAGAGCUCCGCUAGUGGUAUCCGAAAAGGUUUUUGCCAAGGCAGAGCUCCGCUAGUGGUAUCCGGAAAGGUUUUUGCCAAGGCAGAGCUCCGCUAGUGGUAUCCGAAAAGGUUUUUGCCAAGGCAGAGCUCCGCUAGUGGUAUCCGAAAAGGUUUUUGCCAAGGCAGAGCUCCGCUAGUGGUAUCCGAAAAGGUUUUUGCCAAGGCAGAGCUCCGCUAGUGGUAUCCGUCCGAAAAGGUUUUUGCCAAGGCAGAGCUCCGCUAGUGGUAUCCGAAAAGGUUUUUGCCAAGGCAGAGCUCCGCUAGUGGUAUCCGAAAAGGUUUUUGCCAAGGCAGAGCUCCGCUAGUGGUAUCCGGAAAGGUUUUUGCCAAGGCAGAGCUCCGCUAGUGGUAUCCGAAAAGGUUUUUGCCAAGGCAGAGCUCCGCUAGUGGUAUCCGAAAAGGUUUUUGCCAAGGCAGAGCUCCGCUAGUGGUAUCCGAAAAGUUGUUUGCCUCGUCGCGUUGACGAAAGCCGGAUCAACAAUAAACUCCGGAAGGCUGGAAGAAGAACCCAACGAAUGGGAUCCCACCAAGAGGUUUUCAUGGCAUUUCUACAAUGGCCGAGCUGCUAACGGCCCUCACUAAGUGCAAAACAGGAAAAGUUCGAGGCAAAGACAGAGUCUGUAAUGAAAACACUCUAGCAUCUGGGCAAAACAGAAAAAAACUACACUUUUAUACCUGUAGCGUACGACGUAUUCAACGUGAGAAAGAACUUGAAGAAAUUAUCAAUCCAGUAGAACAUAGGAGUUGACACCCGUAACGUACUCGCCUGGGCCAUAAAAGAGUAGUAGGAGGGUCCCAAAAUGUUAAUGGAAAUUUGAGUAAAACAUUUCCCAAACAUUGAUUUUCGUGAACCGUUAACUGUUUUUCUCUUCUUUCGUUAACCCGGCAUUUCGGAAACGCUGGUUUAGGACAUCGUUCGGUUUUCAUCUCGGUGAUGAUGGUCUGGCGCUCGCGUUUAUUGACCACCAUUGCUCCCCCUUUCCUUUUCGGGUGGUGUGGCAGGUUCCGGUAAAGUUUACGGACCGUGUCCCCUUUUGCCAAGUUUAAAAAAAACAAAAAAAACAAGGUCUCCAGAAAGAGGUCCUUUAGCCAUGCAUUGGAGCCCCAACUGGGUCAUCGGUCGUGUCGCCUGAAUAAUGGCAGGAGCAAAACACGCAUUCAAGUAGCAAACUUCAUAGGAAUCCAAAUUAAUUCUAGCUUCUGGGAUUUUUUAUUUGCACGCCCGUUAAAAGUACGUUACAGCUAUACAUACAAACCUAGAGAAUUAUUGUUUGUGAUCGUGAAAAUUAUUAAUAGUUUAUAUGUUUACUUCACUUUAUAUAUUUUAUUCAAAGAUGGCGACCAGUGACCUACAGUCAUACCGUAUACUCCUGGUGGGUAAAACGGGAAGUGGUAAGAGUUCCACGGGGAACUCCAUCCUUGAUAAAAAUGUGUUUGAAUCAAGAAAACCCCAUGACUCGUCUGAUGGAGACGUCAUCGCAUGCCAUUCUUCUGUUGUGGAUGGAAGAUAUGUGUUUGUUGUAGAUGGAACUGGCAUAGGUGGCACCUGCGUGGAUCUAAAUGGCGCUGUAAAAUCAUUAUUACAAUUAUUUGAUUCGACAAUAAAGCAUGAAAUGUCGCUUUUUAACGCCAUUGUAUUGGUCCACUUCAUUCACGAAAGGUCCCAGGUAACCAUGAAAAACUCUGUUCUUGAAAUAAAAUCAAUAUUUGGACGGUAUGCCUUAAAAAAAUGGGGUAUUAUAAUAGUGACCUUUGGUGAUUUAUUUGACGUCAAUAACCUCGAUGAGAAUAUCCAUUCAUUUGAAGAUUGGUGUCAACAACAAACUGGAUAUUUCCAGAUUUUACUUGAGGAAUGUAACAACAGAUGUGUCCUGUUUGACAACAGAACAACGGACAAAAUCAAACAGAUGGAACAAAGGAACAAACUCAUGUCAGUUGUGGACAACAUAACUUCCAAGAACUACACUAGAAAUGACUUUGACAGCCCUACUUGUAAACUUUCUAGACAACAGCUGAUACUUAUUGAGGAAGUCAAUCGUAAUUUGGAAUCAUUUGAUGAUAAUGUGAUCAAUCAGCAUGGCAUUAACAAACAGGAUCUUAAUAUCUUGUUAACAAAACUCCUCCAACAUAAACAACGUUUAGCCAAACAGAUGCCUCAAAAUAAGUUCACGGAUCAGCUUGUGAAGCAAGUCACAGAAGCUCUAAACAUGCUACAAAUAAAAAUAGGAAAUAUUUUUGAGGAAGACAAACAAAAACCAAUGACACAUUCGGAAUGCUCUGACACGUUUUCUUUUAAAUCUGAAGAACCUACCAACUCCCUGUAUAAACACCCUUUUUCACCACUUGAAGAUGAAUUACCAGCUACAAAACUAAGAACAUCCGCUUGGGUGGGGAUUCAAGGUGAUAAACAUUCCAUUGCCAAAGGUGCACGUGAAAGACAAGAAAUUAAAAAUCAAAAUGGUAAGUGAAGCCUAACAAUCUGCUCAUCUGUAUUUAGUGAAACAUCUUCUUGAAAAAUACAAAUAUUAUAAAUGUAAAAAUUAAAUCAUUGAAUUGGUGAAUGUAAAAAAAGAAAUUGUACCUUAAACUACUUUUUUUUUAGAGAUUAAAAAAAAUAUUUACAUAUAAAUGUCUAUUUCUGAAAUGGGCUAUACUCAUGUUAAAUAUUUUGCGCAAAUGUGUUAAACAAAAAAAGGAAAUGUAUAGCACAAAUUAGUAAUUGGAGAAAAACAAAGAUAAAAGAAUAAUUUAAUUGUACAUACCUUAUGUCUAUUUGAAGAAUUUUUGUUUCAGUUCAUAGUUAAAUAUUAACAAAUAAGUUUUAGGUUGUGCCUAUCAAAUAUUAUUAACGUUAUCAAAUCUACUAGUAUCAAUUUGAGGAAUCCGAAUUUAGAAACCAUACCCCGAUGAUACACUGUGUAAAAGAUAAGAUUUUAUGUUGCAAAAUACUCUAUUUUGUGACUUGGCUUAAUGUUUAUAAAUUUACAAGAAUAAGUAAAUAUUACAAUGCAUCAAAAUAAGUUUUUUUAUGUAAAUAAAAUGUAGCUCAAAUGAGAAAUUACGGUUUUGCAAACAAUAAUUAUGCUCCUGUGAAGGAAAUGUCAAUUUUGGCAUGCUAAAAAUAAAAAUAGGAGAUAGCUUUCAGGAAGGCGAGUAAACAAUAAGGACUCAAUGGGAAAUGUCUGACUCUUUUCUUUGUUUAAAUCCGUAGAACCUGAAAACUCCCAAUUUAAACACCCCUUUUCACCGCCUGAGGAUGAACUACCAACUACACAAGUAACAACUUCCGCUUCGAUGAUUCAGGGUGAUAAACAAUCCAUUGCCAAAGGUGAACAUGGAAGACCAGCAUCAAAAAUUAAAAAUGGUAAGUCAACCCUCACAAUGUGCUCAUCUUUUUAUCUAGUGAAACCUCUUGCAGAUAAAUCGUUAAUUAAAAUAACUUAAAACGUGAAUUUCGGAAAUUAGUGUCACUUUUAAAAAAUUCAUCUACCUUAAAAUACUUUAAGAUAGAGUUUAAAAAAAAAAAGAAUAGGUACAAUUUUUCUAAUAUUAUUUUCAGAGUUUUCUGAGAAGCGCUUUGGUCCACUGUCCUACAGCGUCCUCCUGGUGGGGAUGAAAGGAGACGGUAAAAGUUCCACCGGAAACUCCAUCCUAGGCAGACGUGUAUUUGACCCAAUUGGCCGCGAUAAUCAUCAGCCUCACCAGAUUAAACACGGGGAGGCGGAGUUCGGGGGAAAACGAAUUCACGUCUUUGAUGGCAUUGACAUAGAUGACUCUGAAGAUGAUCUCAAAGUCAGUGAAGCGGAUCUAACAGCAUCUUUGAAUUCAACGAUUUGGCGUUCCGGACCGGAAUUCAACGCCAUCAUUCUCGUCCUGAAGUUCGGUGUGCGAUUCACAAAGCAAUACAUGACAUCAGUUGAACAUAUCAAGGGGUGGCUUGGCGAUGAUGUUUUUAGGAAGUGGGGGGUCAUCGUGAUGACGUAUGGAGACAACUUCGAAAAGGAUCAACAAGGAAAUAGAACAUUUGAGGAUUGGUGCAAGGCGCAAACGGGAGAUUUCAAAUCUCUCUACGAGGAAUGCAACGGCAGGUGCGUGCUGUUUAACAACAGGAGAAUGGACGGUCAAGAGCAACGGGAGAGACUUAUGAAAGCUGUGGAUGAGAUCACUUCAGCGGAUGAUUAUACGCUGUACAAAAAAAAUGUAUUUUUUGAAAGAUGACGGUCUCCGAAUAUUCUAAAAACAAAUGGAGAAGCAGAAACUGCUGGUCAUAAUUCAAGCAACUGUCAUGACGUCAACGUUCCUCAACCAUCAGAACCAGAGUUUCUUUCAGGCAUCUCUCCGGGGGCACCCCCCCUCCCGGGAAAGUCAAGUGCCCCCCUGGAGCAAAAUGUGUACUACAAUAUAACGAUUAUAUAUAUAUAUAUAUUUAAAAAAAAAAAAUUAAAAACAACUAAAUCGUGAUUAAAAAGGAUAGUAUAUGGCACAUUGAAACGAUUUCAAUUGGUGGAAUCUAUGAAAUAUUGUUCGAUGAUCCGUAUAUAUAAAGCUCAUAUGUUAAAGGCUUACAGUGUUCCAUUAUACUAUCAUAAUGGCCGCUCUUGAUUAUAAGCCGAAGGCUUUCUUUACGCUGUUAUCGGUAUAAUUAUUCAUUUAUUUUUUUUGCAACUUCAGAAAUGAAUGACUUUAAUAACACUAUAUUAAAUUACUUUUACAUCAAUAUUUCUACAAUUCUAAUACUAGCUCUUAAGUCAACCAAAACUUGCCUAUGACUCAUCUGUGGGUCAAGGCCUUGCUAAAAGCCUUGCUUCGCGAAGAGUGGUUCAGCGUUUGUACAUUAGGUAAUAUGGCUCGAAAAUCUACCGAAAGUAAUCGAUCCCUUGUGGAGACUGACACGAAGUGAACAAAGCCUCAUUUAACAACUGACGACCAAGCAAAGCCUAAUUUUGCAAAUGAAGGCCACACAAAACUUCAUUUAGCAAAUGGGUAUUGAAAAAAGGAUCCAUGAGAAGGUACCUGCAUAGACGAUUGUCUUAUGGACCUUAACUUCCGAAUCUGUGGACUGGUCACUGAAUAGUAAAGCACAUAAUCGAAGUGCCUCGAACAGGUUGGUAGAUUGUAACGGUUCAGACCCCCCCCCCCCUCCAAACAGAAGCAUGUGUUAAUUGACACAUUCACGGUGGAGCCAGCCUGAUCAGACUAACCUGUGAUAUGCUAACCCAGGUUAUAGAAGCCUAGGCUCAACCCUAUAAGAAAGUGAAUAAUAGUUAGCAGUUAAUAAAUAUUAAAAUUGUCUUACUUUUGUUUUUAUUAACGAUAAGAUAGUACUAAAUUAUAUAUAUUUGAUCGGUUUGAAAGAAGGGGGCGGUACACCGAAAUGGCGCUUAUCCAUCAAAAAGACUUUUUAAAAAAAUAAAUAUUUAAAUGUGGGC